AUGCCGUCGAGCGACGCUCUCCCGAUUCGCGAGUCGCAGAGGUUAGCACUGAGCGUCAUUCUGAGCCAGCGGCAGACCGUGCGAGGGCUGUCGUCAGGGGGAACGGGCAGCGGCAGCGCGGGUGGCAAUGGGACGAGUGGGGGCGUCGAGGUGGGGGAAGAUUGCGACCUUAUAAGGGAGAUAAAGUGUGACGCGCAGGGAUACGUGACCUCACUAAUGCUCGUCUCCAUGCUCUCUCUCCCUCGGGAGGUUCUGUCUCUCGUGCGCCUGCAAUCCCUGCGGCUCUCUUCGUCCUCCAUUCCGCCCACGCGCAUACCAAGCAUUCCCUCUGUCAUCGGCCAGCUCACCUCCCUCACUUCCCUGGAAAUCUCCAGCUCAGUGGCGGGCGGCUCAUUCCCUGCAUCCCUCUCCCAACUGAAGCAGCUCAAAUCAUUGAGCAUGGACGGCACUAUCUUCUCCUGCACCAUUCCCCACUUCUUCUCCCGCCUCACUUCCUUGACACGCAUGGAGCUAACGCGGGUGGGCCUCUCGUCCUCGCUGCCCUCGGGCUUCUCGCGCCUCACCAACCUCAUCAUGCUCAUUCUUCCUGGCAACAAUCUCACCGGCUCGCUCGCUCCUCUCGCUGGCUCGAGGCGCCUGCAGCACCUCAACGGCAUUCACAAUCGCUUCUCUGGCAGCAUCCCGUCAACCAUUAGCCGCCUCUCAGACCUCUCCUACAUCUGGCUGGACAACAACAUCAUCACCGGCUCCUUUCCAGCUUCCAUCUCAAAGCUCCAAAACCUCGCCUUCCUGAGCAUGGAGGCCAACCGCCUCACAGGCAGUCUGCCACAAGCCAUCGGCAGGCUCUCGAGCCUGCAAGGCCUUGACCUCUCAGACAACAGCAUCUCAGGCUCACUGCCAUCCACCAUGGGCAAUCUGAAGCUUCUUCGCUCCAUGCGAGCAGACAACAACAGCAUCACUGGAUCCAUCCCUCUCUCCUUCUCCUCCCUCACCGCACUCUCCUUCCUCUCCAUCCAGCGCAACGGGCUGCACGGCAACAUGCCCUCCUUCCUCGCCGCAUUGCCACGCCUGCAGCACGUCUAUCUCAACAACAAUAGACUCAGCGGCUCUCUGCCAGCCAACAUCGCAAGCUUCUCAGUCCUUCAAGCCCUGAGCCUCUCCAACAACCUGCUUCAGGGCUGUAUACCGUCCUCCAUCGCACGUGCUCCCAAACUGAAGAACCUCCUGCUCGCCAACAACCAGCUGUCAGGCCGCCUCCCUGAGCCUUCAAUCACCAACCCGGCCUUCUUCACAUUCGACGUGCAAAACAACAACCUCUCCGGCCCAAUCACAGACUCUGUAUUCCCUGCCUCACCCACUCUCUACAGCCUACAACUCUCUGGCAACAGCUUCACAGGGGCCAUCCCUGUCGUUCUUGCUCAAUGCCCCAACCUCAUGCACCUGAGCAUCAGCGACGGCAUGGAUUGCCCCUCCACUGCCUCUGCAUGCACGCCCCCUCUCACCUCCCUCCUCGCCUCCUCUGCUGCGCCGCUCGCCUUCUGCUCUCUCUGCCCCAACGUCUGCAUGCAGUGCCAGAUUGGUAGGCAGAACACCUCUCUCCUUGCGCCAUUCUUUUCGCCCCACUCCCUUUGCGCCACUCCCUCUGCCCCUCCCCCUUUGCGCCACUCUCUUUGCCCCUCUCCCUUUGCCCCUAUCCCUCUGCCCCUCUCCCUUUGCCCCUCUCCCUCUGCCCCUCUCCCUUUGCCCCUCUCCCUUUGCCCCUCUCCCUUUGCCCCUCUCCCGUUGCCCCUCUCUGUUUGCACUGCUUUUCUUUGCAUGGACUGUGCGUGCACAAGACUCAAGUAA